CCGCGCCAAGUGCAAAGUGUUAUUGGUGUAAGUGGCACUGUCAUUGAAUUAUGAAAAGAAAUUGUUAGAUGUUAAGCUAUUAUUGCGUGAUUGUGUUGAGUCACUAAUAUUGCUUUUGUUGAUUGUUAAAAAAAAUAUAAUAGCUUAACGUUACUUAAAAUGUAACUUGACGUAUCUCGUACCGUAGGAGAUAUACUGUCUGAUAAUUAGGAAGAUCCCAUUCAUUAAAAACUUAACUGUUUAAUCAAAAAAGAUUUGUUUUGCUUACUUUAGUGAUAGUUACUGACAAGUCACAUCAUUUGCCAAGGUAUCGUUGUAAAGUUUGAAAUAUGUCUACCACUGAACAAGCACUUGAAAAUUUCUGUAAUGCUUUGGAAUCCAGCAAGAUUACAGAACGCAAGAAGGCAAUCGAAGAAUUAAGUCAGAUGUUACAGAAUCCAGAAAUACUUGAGCUUUUGAAUAGAAAUUCAAAGAAGAAUGCAGGAGGAAAAAUCUGUUGGGAUACUGUUUUUAACGCUGCUCAUAGUGUGGCCAUUCAGGAAGCAAAGAGAAUAUGCGCAGAAGAAGCGAAGAAAGAAUUUCCAACGGAAACACUGAAAAGCAACUGGGACAGUACAAAGUCUGCGUGUGGUUCAUUCAUAUUGUUGGUUGUAGGCAAAGCAAAUCGUGGCGAGCCCAGACUGAAGUGCUCUGACCUGAUCUCGAGUGUGAAGACGGUGCUGAGCAGCAGCUACCUGAUAAAGUGCUACAUGAAGUAUUAUGUGCACAUUCUGGACCUCCAUUUGCUGGAGGUGCGCAAGUACUGGGCAGAUGCCAAGCCUAGCGAGUGGGAAGAACUGAUGGAGAAAUUUUGGGAGCUGCUAGACUGUACGCCACCGAGCAUGAACAAGGAAAUGGUACCGUUCAUCCUCAAGAGAAUAAUAAAAUGUGGAACCAUGCAGUCACACUUGGCACUGAAACUGAGGACUAGAUUUUCAAAUCUUGCAACUGCCUUGAAGAAUCCAGACAUUAAAAACAAUAAUAAGCUACAAUGCAACUUACUAGAGCUUGCCAUCACAGUUUGUGAACAGGUAUCAAAGGAAAGUAGAAUGAUGGUUUGUGAAUUCGGUGAAGAAGUGCUGAUGUCAGUCAUCCAUUUGUACGAACAUGGAAUUGAAAGAACUGCUGGAAAAAAGAGCUUGAUGUUUGCGUUUCUGACGCUCCAAGUGAGGCUCCACCACCCGUGUGGUGCGAAAGAGGGGGACGCCACUGCGUACGCGAAAGACUGGCCUGCUUGGAAGAAGCAGUGUUGCUCACUGUACUCCAUGAUAGAGGCGGAGGUUCGCAGCUUGAAGCGCCGCAUUGCGUCACUCAAGGACUUCAUCCUGCCUCUCAACUUCCUGCAGCUUGCUGUUGUUGUCUGCAAACAAGUUUAUGAGAACGAUACCAAUGUGUUAGAAAUAACCCAGUUAACAGUAUUGAAUGAAACUGUGGAUGUUUCUGUGGAAAAUGCUUCUAAGAAGAGACGAAUAGAAGUUGGCUUGCAAGCAGUCACAGAUUUAAUUCGCACCUGUCAUGAUGCUUAUGUUAUUCUACCUUGGUUGGCAAUAUUGACCGAACUUUUAUCCACAUUUCCAAGUUUGGUAAAAUACACUGACUUCUUGCCGAUGCUCACGCUAGUUUCAGAUGUGCAGGUUGUUUGUGAUGAACCAAUAGUGCUUCAGUAUUUGUGUCGAUAUUGCAUUGCCAUGCUAAGAGUAGAGGCACAAUUGGACUCGAACCUUUUGGAUGAUAUGAGCCCUUUAUGGGGAAAAAUUGUGGAAACUGCGCUUAGGAUCGUGGGGCUCAGUCAGUGCGAGGAGAGUGGCCACCUGCUCCUUCAGGCCCUCGUCCGUCACGGCAAGGUUGCCUCCCCUACCCCGCUCCUGCAGCUCUACCUGUCGGACACGGCCAAGCUGUCGGCGCAUGCCGUGCGCACGCUGGGUGCAGUGUGCCGGCACUGGGACGUCCCGGAGUCUGGCCCGUCGGGCAGGGCGGUGCUUCUCGAUUGGCUGCUCCCGGCCUCGGGGGCAGCGGGCGCCGACCUCGUCGCGCGACACCCACUAGAGCUGGCGGGAACCCUGGUCGGGCUGGCCCUGAAGAGCGGGUUGCCACACCCGGAGGAGAACGACAAGCAGAGCGAUGAGGACAAGGUUUCCUCGUCGGGUUUUGAACAUCAUUACAUCUUGUGUUCGUUCGAGAAAGACGUUUUCCGGGGAAAAACAGAAGCUCUAAGAAAUGUUGGAGACAAACCGAAGUGUCGAUUCAGCAGUGCGAUAAGGGACAAACUCGUGGACUUGUUGAAACGCAACUCGGUCCAGCUGGAGGACAGAGUUCUGAUGCCCCCCAGCGAGGCUGAGCGGUUGUCAACAGUCCUCGGGAUGGUGUCCAAUGUGUCUCUACUGGCAAGCGUGCUGUCUUGCAUGGUUAGCUGCGGCAUCGUCUCUCAACAGGAGGUGCCUGAUCACAGCUUGUCGGACACCAUGUGCAGCCAGCUGUUGCGAGUGUCUUCGUUGGUGAACCCUCUCCUGAGGAAGCGCGAUGCUGCAGUGUACGGGAUAGUGUCCCGCCUCAGGCUGCUCGUGGACCUGGGCCUGCGGGAGCGGGUGUCGCAGUUCGUCCGGCGGUCCCUCCCCGCCGACCUCGUGGAAGCUGUGUUCCUGCUCCUGCCGUACCAGAGGGUCCUCAGGGCCGCACACCAGGAGACGUACUAUGAUGAAAGAAUUCAAAACACCAGCGUCACUGUUUCUGGUUCAGAUGGCAGCCAGGAGGUGACAUUUAACGAUGCUGGUAAUGUACGACUACAGGCAUCAAUGAUGUUGAAAUCGUACAUCUGUGGCUCGGGUUCUUUGGUUGAUGAUCAAAAAAGAUAUAUGAGUCAGAUAUUGGAUUUAAUGGCGUCUAGAGAGUUCAAUUACAAAGAAGAAUGUGACUUUACGAUGGCCGAGGAGAUGCUGAACAGCGUGGUGCAGCUGGAGACGAUCGGUAGGGACGUGGUGCAGCAAGUGCUGAAGGUACUGCAAGCCAUGUGCGUGGCCAGGUACCAGGAGUGCCACGUGGCCAGCUCCUUGUUGACCAUCGUCACAGGUUUAGUGCGACAUGUUUCUAGAUGUGGUUCUGAUGCAUCUAAGAAAAAUACUGUUAUUAUAAUGGAAGGUUUUCGUUCUGUGAUGAAGAAGAAAAAGUAUGGGAUACUUGCCUAUUCAAAGUUUCUUAUGUGCAUAGCUGAGUUUCUUAAGAUUGAUCCUCUUGGAACCUGGUCUAAAUGGAAUGGGAGCAACAAAACACUCGGAGAAGAUAUUCUGGUUCACAUGACCAGCCCGUUUCAUGAGAUCAGAAUGGAAUGUGCUCAUCACGUGAAGCUAAUGUUUGCCAGUACUCUUGAUGAAAGAGCUUUGCAAAGGCAGAAUCAGUUAUUUGAUGAUGUCUGUUCUGAGGUCAUGGAAUCAUUUGUGGUAGAUGAUAAUUUGUCGCCGAGUGAAAUGGCAGAAGAAGGGGUGAAUCGCACUGCCAGCGCCUUACACACGGUUGCUUCUUUGAUAGUCGCAAGCCCAGCCAUUCAUCGCAAAGCUCUGUAUUUCUUCGUGGAACUCAUUCACAAGAAGAAAAUUAACCUUGUUCUUGCAGCCAAAGUCUUGCGGCUUAUAGGUGGUUACUUCAAACUGAAAGAUGCGACUGAGCUGCUGAAGCUUCAGCUGAAAUAUUGCCUUCAUCAUUGGUUGAAAGGAGGGUUUCAGUUGAAGGAUUUCCCGUACAAGUUAAUUGGCUACAAUUUGUUGCUUCAUUUCUAUAACAAUCAUAAGAAUGUUCUUGUGCCAUCUGUACUUAAACAUGAAGAUGAUACAGCACUAAAUGAAAUGGCACAGAGAAUGGGUUGCACUGUUUCACAUCUAGUAAUGGAAUGCUUCCCCGAGACGAUGGCGGGCCUGCUGCCGUGCCUGGCCGUGACGAGUGGCGGCGACCACUGCGGCAUCACGGAGACGGAGCUAGGCAUCGCACAGCGCCUGCACGCCCACCUCAAGAGGACUCUGGGCCAGGAGGCGAUGGACGACCUGAUCCGGUCGCGCUUCAGCGAGGUGAUGGUGGCCGUGAUGGGAGUGCUGCACGACCCGGGGCACUUUGCGGAGCUGUGCGGUUUCCACGCGGUUCUCCCGGAGCCGUGCCCGCCCGUGUUCAGCGCCAGGGUGGUGCUCAAGGUUCCGCAGCAUCUUCAGGAGGGUUGCCCCCAGCCGGACGUGCCGCUCCUCCUGAUGAUCUCACGGGUGGUGCCGGACCAGCUGCACAGGAUCCUGCUGAGCCUGGUGUCGGCCGUGCACCAAGCGCCCACUCAAGAGGACAGGUUGCUGGCGUUCCACCGCUACGCCACGUUCGUGGACGCUGCGUCGCUGCAGCUCGCGCAGCCGCUCGGCCUGGACGGCAUGACCGCGUUUGUCACGAGAGACGUGUGCUACACGCUGAUGCACCUCGUUGCGAUCGGCGACGGCGAGGUCACCUCGGUGGCGCGGGCGGCCUGCCACUUCUUCCUCAGGUUCUGUAGGAAGUGCUUGCCGGCCCGUGGCAAGGACCUGUCCGAGUGCUUGGGUGCAGUCGCGGGCCACUUGGUGCCGCUCGCCGGGCCGCAGCUCUCUCCCCUGAGGACGGACGCAUUGGCCGCACUUCGCUGCCUCGUGGUGGACAACGAAGCCUGCAUGGCGGAUGCCGUAGCUCGACUCGAUCCCUUCCCCGAAGAGCCGGAGUUCGAGGCCUUGAGGGCUGUGUACCAGAGACUCAAGUACAAGACUGCCCCGUUCUCCCUGAGGGACGAGAUAGAACACUUUUUGAAUGCAGGACGUGGUGACUUGACAGGAAGAGUAGAAGGUCUCAGGCACCUGAAGAAACAGUUGUCCCAGCGGAAAAAAGAGCUGUGCGACUUGUACGAGGAAUUGCAAACCUUGCGUGGCUUCUCUGAAGACUGUGCAAAGAGCGUGGUACAUAGGCUGGUUGCCACUCUGGUGGAUCUCACACUGAGCACUGACGAACAGGUCAGCACGGAGGCCUCGUGCUGCCUGGGAGAGCUUGGGCCGGCGGACCUGACGACAAUGAUCCUGAAGCCCGACCGCAGCCGGCCGGCGGUUGCCGGUCAGAGAGACUCGCUGGAGGAGCUGCUGGGCUGUGCAGUUGAGGUGCUGACGAGAUACCUCACGGAUCCCAACCUCACGCUGGUCAGCGCUUCCAGCGACGCGUUGUACAGCAUACUGGACACCACAGAGGGACGUAUCGCAGCAGAGAAACAAGUGAAUUCCUCGGGAACUCUCAAAAAAGUUUACCUGGCUCCGUUUCUCAACGGGACUGCAACUGCCAGUUGUGGUGCGGGGAUAAAUGAGGACUUGACGAAAAGCAGAGUCGAUCAGAACUUUCUUUGGGCUUCUGGAGACGUUGUGAGUCACGACACUUGGAUCACAAGACUGGUGUGCACGCUCCUGGGAGCAUUUCCCGAACAGAGAGUGUAUCCUCAGCUGGUCUCAGUUUGUCGGGAAAAGGCAUGGUUUGGCGAGCAUCUUUUGCCCUUGGUGAUCAACAUAUUCCUGUGCAAAGGCGGUGAUGUGUGCCAUGACAUUAUCAGCAGGAACAUGAGGAAAUUCUUCCAGAAGCACUGCGAGGAACACGCAGUUCUCCAGGACACAUCCAUCAGUCUUCAGAUGAGAAAUCGUUGGGCCGAACAGAUCGUUGUAAACAAAGCGUCUGUGCAGUGCAUGCUGAAUGUUGUGCAGUACGUACGUCUACAAGGAGCCUCUCGUGACAACACAACACAGUCACUGGAUCUGGACUAUCUUCACGUCGCUCAAGCCGCGCAGUUUUGUUGCGCUCAUUUCACAUCCAUCAUGUACGCUGAGCUGUGGUGUGCACAGCAGAUCAAGGAUGACGUGAUGAUUGGCGAUGAACCUAACGUAACUGUGUUGGAUUAUAUUUAUGAAAAAAAUCCUGAAAAGGGAGCGAUCAUUCAAAGUAUUCUUCGAGAAGCGUACACGAGGCUGAGCUACGGAGAUGCAGUGUUUGGGUGCGGGUCGUGCCAGCUUCUGGACCCGGCCACCAGGGUGCAUCACCUGGAGCUGGAGGGCAAGUGGGAACAAGCGGCCCAGGAGUAUGAACUGCUCCUGGCUAGAGGAGCCAAGGGAGCUGACAGAGGUCUUGCCCUGGCCUUGUGCCGGCUGGGCUCUUACCAUCUGCUGAACCACGUCUGUGCCAGCGGCGAUGAGAGUGAAGGUCUGACGGACUUGCGCUACGAGUGCGGCUGGAGGCUGAGGCGGUGGGACCUGGGGCCUUGUCUCGAAGACAUGUACGAAGGCCACCGGUACGCUGCCCUGCAGGCGAUGUCAGAGGGAGACGCGGUGUCCUCUGCCAUCGCGAGGAAGUGCGCUCGUCGCUGCGCGGUGGGGGAGCUGGGGAAAGUGAGCCUGGAGAGCGUCAAGAACAUCUACCCCGUGCUGUCGCAGCUGCAGGCACUGCGAGAGCUGGGAGAUUUCGAAGCCGUGACCGUGGAGGGCCUGGAUUGCGUCUUGCAGGCGUGGAAUCAACAAGACAAGCAAAGUCCCGGGGAGUUUGAGUUCGUGGAGCCGAUACUCUCCCAAAGGGCCACCGUGAUCAGUUUGGCCUGCGACAGAGCGGAGGGCGAUGCCAAGAACAGGCUGUUGGACAUGUUUGUGGACACCCAGCUGAAGAUGGCGGCCCUGGCCCGUGAGGAGAAGUGGCCGCAGACGGCUUCAGCCUGCCUGAGCUGGCUGGCGUGCGUGCCCGACAGGAGCUGGGAGCAAGUGGCCCGCAUUAGGCUGGAGGAGGCACAGGUGCUGUGGCUGCGCGGGAGCACGGAGAUGGCCGUGUGCAUGCUCCGCAGUCUGCUCGGGCGGCUCCGGCGGGAACCGGUGGGCAGCGCCGGGCACCAGCUCCUCUUGGCCACCGCGCUCGGGAUACACGGCAACUGGAUGCUCCAGACCAAGUCCGAGAAUCCCAAAGUUGUCAUCCAUCAGAACUUUGUUUCUGCGCUGGACCUUAUAGAGAAUCUUGAGAUGACCAGUGACACGAUGGCAGUGCGUCUUGAGACUUGCGCAUCUCUGGCACGUUUCGCCGAUUUCCAGUACCAACAUCUAACCAGGUAUCUCUCAUCACCUGAGUUUGAAGCCAAACAGAAGGGAAUCACAGAGUCGGUGCAGAUGGCGCAAGAGCUGGCUAAAGCGCCCGGUAACAAGGCAAGCAAACAAGCUGCUGCAGUGCUGAGCAAACAGUCUGUUAUUGACCGGCAGGAAAUAUCAAGUGUGUUACAGGAGAAAGAAAUGUACCUUCUACUUGCAGCCAAGCACUACUGUCUCAGCUUGGAGUACGGGGACAAGUACAAUCUGCUCGUGUUCCGCAUUGCCUCCCUGUGGCUCCAGAACUCGGAGAAUGCUGAGGUGGUUAGCACUCUGAGUAAAAGACUGCCUCACAUUCCCAGCUACAAGUUUCUUUUGCUGCUGCCUCAGCUGGCAGCACGCCUCAGCGAUGAUAUCAACAACCCCUUUGUUUCUUCAGUUCACAGUGUGCUAGAGAGGUGUGCAGUAGAUCAUCCCCACCACACGUUGCCAGUUCUACUUGCAAUCUCCAACUUGUACCUUGACCAAAAAUACCAUGAUGCUGAUGGUGCCAAACCUACUGUGAGCAGGAACAAAGAGCCUCGAGUACUGGGAGCGCAGCUUUUAGUGCAACGUCUCGGUGGUGUGCCGAACAUUGCUCCGAUCCUGGAGCAGAUGAGGAAACUAUCCGAGGCACUGGUCAGCUUGGCGUAUCACAUGGUUCCAAAAACUUCUGGUGCAAAAAGCUUUCCUGUGCCAGAAACACUGAAGAAGAUAAGAAACUUUGACCAUGUGUUAGUACCAUCUAUCUUGCUGCCAGUGAAGAAGAAUGGAUGUUACGAAGAUAUCACAGGAAUAAAAUGUUUUGAAAAGACAUUUACAACUGUUGGUGGCAUAAAUGUUCCCAAGAAGAUAUUUUGCAUUGGCACUGAUGGUGUGAAAAGACCUUUACUUAUUAAGGGUAAGGAUGACUUGCGUCAAGAUGCCGUGAUGCAGCAGGUCUUCACAAUCAUGAAUGCCUUACUGAACAGUAAUAAAGAAACAAAGAAGAGGAAACUUUUGAUACGCACUUACAAGGUGGUGCCACUGUCUCAGUGCAGUGGGCUGAUCGAGUGGUGCGAGAACACGCAGCCCUUGUACCACCACCUGGCAGAGCCGAACAACUACCACACUCGGUACUACCCAAGUGACUGGUCCCCCGUGCAGUGUCGCAACAAGAUUAUAGAAGUUGCUAAAGCAUCUAGCGAAGAAAAGUUUAGGGUCUACAAAGAAGUUUGCAAGCGACUCCGCCCAGCGUUCCACCAUUUCUUCCUUGAGAAAUUCCGAACACCGGCGACCUGGUUUGAAAGACGACAGGCCUAUGUUCACAGUGUUGCCACAUCAUCUAUGGUUGGUUAUAUACUUGGUUUGGGUGACAGACACGUCAGCAACAUCUUGAUUGACAGCACCACUGCAGAAGUUAUUCAUAUUGACUUUGGUGUUGCAUUUGAACAAGGAAAGGUUCUGCCCACUGCAGAAACAGUUCCUUUCAGACUGACAAGAGAUAUAGUGGAUGGAAUGGGUGUUUCAGGAAUCGAAGGAGUAUUUAGAAGGUCAUGUGAGAAGACAAUGUCUGUAUUGCGGGAGAACCAAGAAACUAUUCAUACCAUACUUGAAGUAUUGCUGUACGAUCCUCUGUAUUUGUGGACAAUAACACCAGCCAAAGCUUCCGAUAUUCAGGGUAAAAGACGGUCUUCCACGAGCCACGACAAUACUGUAGCCGCGCCGAGCGAAGUCAACAUGCAAGCAGAACGUGCUCUGCUAAGGCUACGGCAGAAGCUGAAUGGAACGGAAGACGGAAUGGUUACGAGUGUCCCUGGUCAAGUAAACAGGCUACUUCAACAAGCCAGGGACCCUGCCCGAUUGUCAUGUCUUUUCCAUGGAUGGCAAGCAUACCUUUAAGUGACAUUAUCUUAGAUGAGAGUUGUCUGCUCUACAUGUUUACAUGUUCCUGUUGAGAGAACUGUACAUCAGCGGUACUGAUAAAUUUAGUCAGUCAUAAAAGGGAUAUUUAAAAAAAAAAAAGUUAACCCUAAUGUAACUUAAGACCUGCGUGUGUAAACAGAAAUUAUAAGUACAACAAUGAUUUACACCAGAUAUAAGUAUAAGUUCUUCAAUUGACUGAAUAAUUAAUUUAAGAGUUAUCAGGUGUUUUGUUUUACUUAUUAUGUAAAAAGAUCGUAUUUUUAUAUGUACUACUAAUAGGUAAUUACUGUCAAGCCGAAAAGAGCUUUUUUUUUUAUGUAGUUUAUUAUUAUGAACUGUUUAGAGAUUACAAAUGAGUUUUCAUAUUUGUGUAGUAUAAGCCAAAGAUGUAUGUACUUAACGGAGUAAGUUUCGAAAAAUAAGUUUCAGUCUGCCCUGUUCCUUUGUUAAGUAUGUAUUUUUAUACAAGUACCAUGUUUUAUCGCAUGAUCGUUGCACCAUUAUUUUAAGACAGCAAAAUUUGGAAGAAAAAAUAGUUCUUACAUAAACAUUGCAUGAUGAUGAUGAUUUUUUUUAGAUUUGAACGCUGUGUAGGUAGUUUUCCCGUAUAAAACACUGUAUUUUAAAGUUGAAAUCUAAUAUUCAUUCGGAUAUUAUCACUUAUUUAAAUAACAGAAAUACGAAGUUGUCUGAUGUGUAAAUUUUCUUUUAAAGAUGUUUUCAAACGUUAUAAAUUUUAUUCUUUCAUCUUCAUUGCCGCUGUGUACGCUUCUAAAAAUGUAGCCAGCGCCAGUUGGCAUCAUUCAUGUUUGGUUAUGUUGAUUCCCGUAUAGUGUGUGCGUGCAUAGUCAAACAUCAAUACAGAUAGCUCACCAAUUACAUGCAACACACACGCUCUGUCUAGUACCAAAUUAAUUACAUUUAAUAGCCCGCGCUUUCUCAUAGUGUGUACUACGACGAUAGUUAGGCGUUCCGACUCACGUUCACGUCACAGUUUUGUUUUUUCUUUUUAAAGCUGAACAAAAUGUUUUUAUUAAUUUUAAUUGUUUGGCAUGCUUUUGUAUACUCUUCUUUUUAAAUGAAAGUAUGUUCCAUGAAUAGGUUUUGUUUUUAUGAAUAACUUAACCUAACAAAAAGAUGCUAAUUUCACAUGAAUGUCGCACCCCUACUUUUCAAACUUGAUUUUAAUAUAAAAUGUGCGGCGCUUAUGCAAUAAAACACGGUACAUUAAUUUUAAUGCUAACUGAAAGUUUUAUUAUUAAAUUACAAAAAAACAAAUCUCAAA